AUGACAACGACAGCGAAGCCCAACCCCCAGCUCUGCUCUCCCCUCUUCCAGGUGUUACCCCUGGAAGUCCGCCAGCGCAUCUACGCAUUCCUCCUGUCCCUCGAGCACGCCGACUUCGCCGACACGCUGCGGCCGAUGCACACGUACCUGGACCCCUCGUCGCAGCACCGCGGCGCCCAGCUGCCCGAGAUGAUGGUCACGUGCAAGCUCGCCUACGCCGAGAUGGCGCCCCGAGUGCACGGGGAGGCGGCGCUGCGGGUGCACCGGCGCGGGGGCCGCGAGGAGCGCCGCGCGGGCUUCGCCGUCUACGGCCCGCUGCGCAUCGAGCGUCUGCAGCGCCUCGUCCUCGUCGUCGACAUGGAGCACCCCAACUGGAACGGCUGGCUGGCGCUGUUCGCCGAGGUGGCGGCGCGCGCGACGGGGCUGAGGCACCUCGUCGUCGACUGGGCGCCGCGCCCCGUCGCCGUGGUCGGGCUGGUCGGCUGGCAGGCGCGGCAGCACAGGAGCAAGGAGGGCGAGUUCCUCCGGACGCUGGAUAGCUUGGGCCGUCUGCAGACGGUGCUGUUGUACGGGACGGUGCCCGAGGCGUGGAGUGCCGACAUCAAGCGGCGGCGGCCCGAGGUGCGCGUCAAGUGUUACCCGUUCCGGUGGUGGAGGGAGCCGGGCCUUGAGUGA